AUGGCUCUGGCAAUGCAGGUGAACAAGUUCCCGUGCAUUCCCUUGGCUCCCACCUCGGCGGGGGUUGUGAAGAAGUGUGUGAGCCCCACCCACGCACUGGUGAGCUUCAGGUAUGGAGACACCAAGGUUGUGCCCACCUCGUUCAUCACGCCUGUGGGGGGUGCCAUGCCCUGCCCAAUGCUCCAGGUUGGAGAUUAUGUGUUUGCCAAAAUUGUGAUCCCCAAAGGAUUUGACUUCUAUGUCCCUGGCAUUGUCAUAGCACUUCCCAAUCAGGAUGCAUCCUCAGAAAAAUUGUACACAGUUUUGAAGUGCAACAAUCGGAGAGAAUUUUGCCCUCGGAGUGCACUUAUUAAGAUCAGCCAAAACAAGUAUGCUCUCUCUUGCUCUCAUAUAAAAUCGCCCCCCGUUCAGGAGGAUCCAAAAAA